GAAGCUACAGAACAGGUUGUAAAUAUUCAAAAUUCAAAAUUGGCUGCCGAAUUACAAGAACUUUUUUCUUUAAUGUUAGCAGCAAGAUUAAAAUUAUGUACAAAAUUUCAAAAUGGCAUCUCUGAGACAAAUGUUGGAAAUGAAAUCCCAAUAUUAGGUGAAGAAGAUACUGAUUCAAAAGGAUCUGAAAUGGAACUUGAUUCAG